AUGGUGGAUCCGCCGCAGCCAAGCGAGCCCGAAAAGGCUCUCAGCACUGGCACAUCGCCGCCCAAUGUCUCGGCCCCUGUCGCAUCCAUCAGCCAGGACGCAAAGAGCGCUCCCUCUUCACGCACCGCCACCGUCACACGAGUCCCCACCACCGGACGCAUUCGCCACGGACUCCUGUCCCGCGCAGGCUCAGAGGCAGAGGACCGCUCCCACAAGGCCGAAUCGCCCAUCAAUCUCACAUCCGAGGACGAGGACCAUCGCAUCUCUGACUCGGCCGCCCUCCCGCGGCGCUUCCCCUCGACUUCGAGCAGCCGCGUCGCCAGCAUUCGCGGCGCCUCGACCCACUCCCUCGUCCCCAGCCCGUGGUCGCCUUCUCACGAGCCUGGCCGUGCAAACGACCCCCUCCGCGACCCUUAUGCCAACACCAAUGACAGCGGCUCCAGCCUGGGCCGCGCCAAGUCCAUCAGCAGCGUCAGCAGCGUCAACAGCACCAGCAGCCUGGAGGCCGCCCCCUUUCGAGAGGCACCGUUGGGCAACGUCCGCGUCGGCUUUGGCGGCAUCUCUGGCAACCGAGCCUCCCGCCUCGCCUUCACCCAUUUCUCCCCCCCGCAGCCCCAACAGCAAAGUAGCCGUACGCCUGGAUCGACAUCGCCGCUAGCCAUUGAACCAGGUCCGCCUGCAGCCGGCUUGCCGCCCGAGCCCAAGGGCCCCUCUGAUCGCCACAAGGGCGUGCCCAAGAACAACAACAAUGCCUGGCUCUAUCGCAACGCACCAGGUAUGCGGGGCUCGAGGCUGAGACCCUCCAGCAACGUCGAUGCGGGCGAUGCCGACGAGGACCCCAUCGAUCCCGGCCAGGCAACUCCAGGCAAGCGGACGCGUGAUGCUUUGCGCCUCAAGAUCGCCAAGAGCGCCAGCAAGCUCGGGCUCAAGACGGCGUCGAUGCAAACCCAGUCGACGUCGCCGUUCGGCGACUCCGUCGGCGACCCGAGCUUUGUGGGCUCGAUACAGCCAUCGAGAGCCUCGUCGAGCAGCGAGGAGAACGUGGCUAUGGUCCCCGGGUCGCGCAGCCCGCUCAGCACGCGCGCAUCCUUCUUCUCGUCUGGGCCACACAGCCCCCGCAUGCUCUCGACGCCGGGUCCUUCGUCAUCCUUCAGCUCGACCCCGACCGAGCUUCUGGUCAAGACCAGCACGGUCACGAACGCGCCAAUGGUCGUGUCCAAGUACACCGGGCUCGCCCCAAAGGCUGAAAGCGGCUCGCCGCUCCACGAGGUGCUCGAAGGCCUCAGCCGUCUGCCAGGACCCAAGCUUAGUCCGCGAGCAGAAGAGGACGGCCACGCUCCCCAGGAUCCUCUGGCGAAGCAAGUCGAGGAAUCGCAAGUCAAUAUCCAGAGACCGCCGUUGCUGCGCGCCGAUAGCAGCAGCAACUCGCAGGACAUGCCGGCCGUGCCCGGGCUCGCGCUCGCAGAGAGUGCCGCCGACGUCUCGACUUCGAGCACGCUCCGGCCGCCGCCGCGUUCAGUGCGGCGCGAUUCACAGGUCAGUACCGCAUCGAGGGACGGCACACCUCAGCCCCCGCCGCGAAGUCCGGUCAAGCCCUCGACGCGCUGCCCGACCGACUUCCACUUCGGCGAGACGCUGGGCGAAGGCUCCUACUCGACCGUCCUCGAAGGUUGGGACCUGCUGUCGGGACCGGACCCCAAAGAGCCAGGCGCGCUCGAUCCGCACGCCAUCUCUGCUGCCGCCGCCAUGGUAGGCGCCGGCCAAAAGCGUGGGCGCGGCCAGGUCGACCUGACCGGCAAAAAAGUCUACGCCGUCAAAGUGCUCGACAAGGUGCACAUCCUCAAGCAGGGCAAGCAGAAGUAUGUCACUGUCGAAAAGGAGGCGUUGAGCCGCCUGAUCAAGUUUCCUGGCGUCGUCACGCUCUUUUGGACAUUUCAGGAUCGCGAAUCCCUCUACUUUGUGCUUGAGCUGGCGGCCAACGGCGAGCUGCUCAGCUUCAUCCGCAAGUACGGUUCCUUCGACGAGCACUGCGCACGCUUCUACGCCGCCAUGCUCGCCGAGACUAUCCGCGCGAUGCACGAGGUCGGAGUGAUCCACCGCGACCUGAAGCCGGAGAACGUGCUGCUGGACGCCAACAUGCGCAUCAAGGUGACCGACUUCGGCUCGGCCAAGCUCCUGUCGCUGGACAGCACCGAAGCCAGCAACUCGACGCAGUCAGCCGCGGCACAGACACGCAAUCGGGCCGCGAGCUUCGUCGGCACCGCCGAGUACGUCAGCCCAGAGCUGCUGGCCGAUACGGUCCAACCAGCGGGCAAGGCAUCGGACUGGUGGGCCUUUGGCUGCGUCGUCUUCCAGAUGAUCACUGGUCGGCCGCCGUUCAAGGGAGUCAACGAGUAUCAGACGCUGCAGAAGGUCAAGCACCGGGAUUUCGCCUUCCCGAACGGCUUUCCGGAGGAUGCUCGCGACCUGGUGGAUCGCCUUCUCGUGCUAGAUCCGCAGGCGCGCUUGUCUGCUGUCGAUGUUCUUGCGCAUCCCUACUUUUCCUCGAUCGAAUUCGCCACACUCUGGGAGCAGCCGGUGCCGGCGGUCAAGACCGGGAUCACCGAGCCGGUCAAGCAGGUCUCGCGCGCCUCGUCUUUGCGAUCCCGUUCGCGGUCGCGUUCGCGGUCCGAGAUGUCCUUCGACGAGAGCUUCGUUUCAGAGCAGUCGCCGGGGCCUGAUCAAGGGGCGCAAAGCUCGCAGGACGCCGCUUCGUCGUGCGGCGAUGACAGCCGGCGCCAACGGUCCGACGAUGCCGACGAUUCGGACCUUUCAGACGGCACCUCGGAUGCCGACUCCGACAUACCCAUCGAGGCGCCGCAGCCGCCAAGCGCGCCGCAGCGUCGCAGCAGCGGCCUCCUCCGCAUCAUGGACGGCCUCACGACGAAGAGCUCGGCCGGCUCGGAACAGCCAAGCCCGCGAAGCCCGUCUGGCAGCGGCCUGAGCAUGUUUGGCUCGCUAACCGCCCCGAUGCCGCGUCGGAGAAUCUCGACAAUGUCUAUCGAGACGGCGAGCCGCAAGUCGCGCGACCAGGCGUCCGAGAGCGUCGGCAGCCGGUACUCGAGGGAGUCGCGAUCGCCGAUGCGUUCGAGCGCCCAACUCAGCCCGGCGCCCACUCCACGCGGCGCACCAGGGAUCCUAUCAUGGAAUGCGCUGCUGCUGCCGCACGAACUGAUGCUCUACUCGUGCCCCGUCAUCCAAAAGAAGACGGGCACCGGCAAAAUCUUUUCCAAGCGGCGGCAGCUCAUCCUCACCAACUUUCCGAGAUUGCUCUGCGUCAAGGAGACGCCAGACGUGCUCAAGGUCAAGAGUGAGGUCAUCCUCGGCAUCGCCAUCGACACUCCCGUUCAGGAGAGCUUCUUGCGCGUGCACGGUCGAGGCGAAGCCUCUUCGGCGGCGGCAACGACGACUACGAUGACGACGACGACGACGACGACGACGACGACGACGGCCGAGGAACCGUUUCCUUUGGUCCAUGCAGGGGUUAGCUCGGGCCAGACUGACUUCAAGGAAAAGGUCUCGCUUGCCGGGCCCAACCUCUUGACCGCGGUCGAAUUCAAGGGUGGCAAGUCGUUUACCGUUCGAACAAGCUCCAAGGCCUUUAUCUACGAAGUGUUUUCGGGGGAUGCAGCCACGGUCGUCAAGGGCAUCCGCGAAGCCAGCCGGCACCUGUAA